AUGAAUUUUAAUGAAAGUAACCGAAGUGAUUUGUUUGGUGGUGGAGGUGGAUUUAAUUAAGGCGGUGGUGGCAAAUCAAAGAGAGAUGAAAUUUUAGAAUAAAAGCGAAGAUAAAGAGGAAUGGGAGGGGGUAAUUAAGGCAGAGUUUAAUUUGACAUGCAUGGAGGUGGAGGACCUGCUAGUGGCUUUAAUAAUCAACUUGAUUUACCAAUGAAUAAUUAUGGUCGUGCUCCAAUGACUACCUAAUCAAAAUCUAGUCUUAAGUAAACUUUUGGAGAUACAUCAAGUUUGAAUGGAAGCUUUGACUCUCCAUCAAAAAAGAAGAAAAAAGUUAUGUUCAAAGUUCCCCAGGAAGAAAAAUACAGAAAGAAAUUUGAUAUUGAUGCUGAUAUUAAUGAUAGAGAUAACAAUAUGGGAUUUAGAUCAAGUGUUAGAAGUGAAGUGAGUGAUGAUGAUUUCACUAGAUCAUCCUUUUAGCAGUUACGUUUAGAUGAUCCAGGAGAUACAAAACUAACUAGACAAAAUGUUCAAAAUUUUAAUCAGGAAAAUGACUAUGAUAACGUGGGAAACUUUCAAAUGUCGAGAUCAUAAAGCUAGCCAUAAUUUAACAAUUAAAACAACUAUGAUAGCUACUAGUCAUUCAAUAAUAACACUUAAAACUUCAAUAAUAAUCAAGUGGAGACCUUGAACCUAAAUUUUCACCUGUUAAAAGAAGUAAUUUAAGAUUAAAUAAUAUCUCUAGAUAACCCAAAUCAGAAAUAUAUUCCUACUCAUAAUUUUGUAAAUGGUGAAGGUACUACUGAGGAUGGGAAGAAAAGAAAUCAAGCACCAGAAGCAUAGAGUUUGCAAUAAGAACUUCUGUCAUAGAUUGAAGAAAAAAGAAGAAAAAGGGAAGAAGAAAAGAGGAAGCUAAAGGAUGAUGAAUUGAAAGAAGAAGAAAGAGUAAAGCGUGAAAUAGCUGAACUUAAUAGAAGAGAUCAAAUGGAAAAAGAUAAAAAGAAACAAGUAUUGAGUGAUAUUAUGGACAAAUAUUAGGCAUAAGAAAUUGAAAGAAAGUCUUUAAUGAGUUAAAACAUGAACAUGAUUAACACAAUGGGAGAUGGAGGAGGGAAUAGCAUGCAAAAUAAGCAAUAUGGAGGUCCGUUAAAUGAAACCUCUCAAAUGAUAAGAAUAUAAGAGUAAACUAGACCUAUUGAUGUUGAAUAACCAGGAGGUGCAUAAUAUGCUUAGUAUAAAUCUUCAGAGGAUAUGGAUUAUGAUUACUAGAAGGAUUUUGAAAAAUUCGAUGUUUUAAAUAGAGGUCAUCGAGCAGCAUUUUCAGGAGUUCCAAGAGCAAAAAUGAUAUCUGACAUUGGCCAUGAUUUAAAACACUCAAUUUAAAAUGAAGUUGACAAAAUAAGAAAGUCAAUCAAAGAUCAACAAAUAGAUUUUAAAGAUCAACUUGAUAAAAUCACUACUGAAGCUUCAUUGGCUAUAGAGGAAAGAGAUAGAGUAAAAAAUCACUUGGAACUAUUAAGAAGUGAAAUGAGAAGAAAAAGAGAAGAGUAAAUGUUUCAAGAAAAUAAUCUAAUAAAAACUCUUAAUAAAUACUAACUCGAACCAUAAAGAUACCAUUACCCACAGAGGCAUGUUCAUAUUGAACACACAGUGCCCAAGCCUGAGGAAAAGAAAAGUAUUUAUGAAAAACUAUUCUUUGAUAAAAUUUCAAAUGUCAUUGAAGCUGAAAAACUAAAUCCACCUCUUAAGCUUUAUAGAGAAGCUACUUAAAAUCCAAAAGCUUAAAUUACCAUAGGAUAAGAUCAUUAUUUCUCUAAUAGCAAAGGCGCACUAAAUUCUGAAUCAAUUCUUGUUACUUUAGAUAAUAAGCAACUCUACCCAUCUAAAUCUUUAUAUGAAAUGCCUGACCUUUAGUCAAAGACAACUAUAGUAAAUUGGAACAAAGAGCCCUAUGAAUAUUAUAAUCACAGAGUCAAAGAUUUAAAUCCUAGAGAUGAAAUGUACCUAGUCAGAAAUAACUAUGAAAGUAAAUAUGCAAACAAAAUCGAUGACAAUUUGAACUUUUAAAGAUAUAAUCUGCCAGAACGGGAGGAACACAAGCCUUAGUACGACCAUAGAAUAAGGCCAAUUGACUUAGCUAAUAUUAAUGUAGAAAAAAUACACUAAGUCAACGAAUAAAGAUUAACUCGGUUGGAAAGAGAAAUAGGAGGUGGAAGUGGCUUUAACACUAAUUAAAACAACGGGAAAAAGAGUAAUUAUGAUCUUGAUAUGAUAAAUGACAUACUUUCCUUAAAAUUGUGA